GCCACGUGCACGCUGCCUGGCAUGAUGAAACCCGUGCCUGGUACGGUACAGAGCUCUAGGUUUGACUCGCCCUCAGCCCCGCCGCUUUGUAGCCGAGGUGGUUUUCUGAACUUUACGGUAAGGGUCUUCCCGGCCCCUCCCCGCUCGGCCGCUAAACUGCAGGGCCAAUGUGGCGCUGCGCGUCGCCAACUCCCUCCUUCGCGCCCGACGCUUCGGGCGGCGAGAGAGCGAGCGAGCGGCUUUAAAAUGUCCAAGCUGGAUCCAAUUUGCCAGCGCGGGAGCGAGAGGAUGAGGGGGACGUCUCUUCGCCUGGGCUGAGGCAGCCUUGACGGACGGACGGACGGACGGACGAUGAGGCUCUCUUGCAAAGUAGUGGCCCUGGCGCUCUGCCUGGCCCUCCUGCUGCUCCUCUACCUCUUGGUGGGCAACGCCGACGAGCCGCCUUUGCGAGCGGCGGUGGGGGAGAGCCCCUUGGGACCAGUGGCCGCCGGGAACGACGUCGCCCCGCCGCUCCAGACUCGCUUCCGACCCGUCCAGCCGGCGGAGCCAGAGAAGGAAAAGGCGGUUCGGGUUUCCAAGCGGGAGCCACGUCCCCAUCGGAAAGCAGGCAAACGCAGCGCGGGUCGAGUCAGAGGGAAGGCAACGAGCCUUCGGAGACCAAAGGACCAAAAGCAUUCUGCAACCCAGUUUUCUUCGGUGCAAUGGAUGCAUCUUGCAGUUGUAGCAUGUGGCGACCGGCUGCUAGAAACUCUCAACAUGCUGAAAUCAGCAGUUCUCUUUAGCAACAAGAAGCUCAAAUUUCAUAUUUUUGCUGAGGAUUCCCUGAAGCCAGAGUUUGAGAAGAAAUUAGAGGAAUGGCCUACCUCUUUCUCAAUGAAGUUUGAAUACAAUGUUUACCCAAUCUCCUUUUCAGUUGGAAACACUGAAGAGUGGAGAAAAUUAUUCAAGCCAUGUGCUGCCCAACGCCUCUUUCUUCCGCUUUCUCAACCAUCUGGGCUUUUUCCAAAGAUGAUUUUGAAAGAUGUGGAUUCCCUUCUGUAUGUGGACACAGAUGUCUUAUUCCUGCGACCCAUUGAUGACAUUUGGGGCUUUCUGAGAAUUUUCAAUGCCACCCAGCUGGCUGCAAUGGCACCGGAACACGAAAUACCAAAGAUUGGCUGGUAUAGUCGUUUUGCUCGCCACCCAUAUUAUGGAACCACUGGGGUGAAUUCUGGUGUUAUGCUAAUGAAUUUAACCCGAAUAAGAAAUACCCAAUUCAAGAACAACUUGAUACCAACAGGCUUGAAAUGGGAAGAAAUGCUGUACCCUUUAUACCAAAAGUAUAAAAAUUACAUUACGUGGGGAGACCAGGACUUGCUAAAUAUUAUUUUUUACUUCAAUCCAGAAUGUCUCUUCCUCUUUCCCUGUCAGUGGAAUUAUCGACCAGAUCAUUGCAUGUAUGGCAGUAACUGCAAAGGAGCAGAAGAAGAAGGCAUUUCAAUUCUGCAUGGGAAUCGAGGUGUCUAUCAUGAUGAUAAACAACCUACUUUCAAAGCACUCUAUGAAGUGAUACGUGAUUUUUCAUUUGAAGACAAUCUCUUCCAAUCAAUGUACUAUCCUCUCCAGUCCAAAUUCCUCAAUACUGUACACACUUUAUGUGGGAGAAUUCCACAAGUUUUUCUGAAACAAAUUGAGAGAACGAUGAAGAAAGUCUAUGAAAAACAUGUGAUUUUCAAUAUUGGAACCAAUUUCAGAUUAUAAUUGUAGCAAUAUAUUUUAAUAGAGCUUUUGUCGCCCAUCAUACCCUACCCUGUGAACUAAAAGUUCUGUGCUGGUUUUUUGCUACAGUUCUGUAAACAGAAGAUGGAAUCUUGAAAAAUCUCUGUAAUGGAAAAUUGAUACAAUUUUGAAGAGUGAGUUUGGCCAUUUUUCACUUGAUGAAAUAUAGAUAUGGAUUAGUUGCUCUCUGUUAAAUCUCUGUGCAGGAUCUCAGGUGUCCUGUAAGAUAUUUGAAAAUCUGAUAUUGCAAAGAUUUUUGUGAAGGGUUUUUAAAAGUGGUAUCUGAUAUUGUAUUUGAUUCCAGGACAGAUUUAGAAUUUGUCCAGUUCAAUUUCUCAAAUAUAGUGUUUUUGUUAAUGUUUUUAUAUCUCCUGUAUGAUAUUCACGAGCAUAUACACAUCUCAAACAAAACUGAAAAAUACUUGGAUAUGCAUCACAAAACUUUUGAGAUUUGCCAUAUGUUGAGUUUGCGCAACAUUGCUGUUGAAGGGAAAAUAACCUAAAAUCUGUAGUAGGAAUUCUGUUCCACUUGAACUUUUGAUUUGAGUUACUUUAUUAGAUAUAUUAGAAAUUGAAUUCAAAUCAUAGAGAUGAGGAUUAAUUCAAAGUCAAUAAUGAAUUCUGGUAUGUUUCCAGAGCAGGUUUUUUUAAAUCAUUUUUGUGAAUUCAAAUUCCUUUUCAGAAAUUGAGUUCCAGUUAUACUUUUAUAGUAAACUAAAUAGUGUGAUUUUGAACAUAAAGGAAACAGUUAACUUUCUUGUCACAUAAAGUAUGUCUACCAUAUUUUGGUAUGUUUACAAAAAAUGUAAUGUUGCAUUAUAUUUUCGGUUGUUUUUUUAAAACAAGCAAACCUAAAAAUACUUUUUAUAUCUUCGCUUGCUUUAUAAAGGAUUUAAUGUUCUAAUAUUAAAUUAACAUUAACAGUUCUGCACAGUAUUAGUAGACUUAUGCAAUGAAAAAUAUCAGCUUGUGUUCUGUUCUUGUGCCAUUGCUGGUAGACUACAUUGCAAAUCUCUAAAGAAAAAAAUUAAACUAAUUAUAUAAAUAUAUUUACUGGAUAAGUGCUUAGCUUGUUUAAACAAAUAGCUUGCAAUUUUCAGCACAUUUCAUAUUAUAAUUUUAAUAACAUUUUUCAAUGUUAUUAAUAAAUACAAAAUAUUAAUUACUGAUUUUUUAAAAAAUAACCAUUACAUAUAGAGCACGUAUAAAUACGGUAUUUAUGUCAACUUCCUCAUCUACAUGCUGUGUUAUUUUUUUAUAUUAAGAUAUAAGAAGGGGAUUUUCUACCUACUGUGAUUCAGUAGAAAGACUGCCAUCAAAAUAACUAAACCAAGGUAAAUUAAGGUUACAGGACUGGAGAAACAAGGGUGAAUUUAUAUUUUUGUUUUAAUAAUUUUGUGAUAAAAUUAUACUUUACUCUCUAACAGCUGCAUAGUUGCUUAACUAUUUCUGGUUGAUGGCUCAGUGUACAUUAAACACUGUCAGUAACUGAAUGGAAACACUCAAAUAAUGAACUAUAAGUGCUGGAAUAAAUUAUGUACAUCUACAAUUAAAAGGAGAAUAGUUACAUUGAAAAACAGAAUAGCUACAGUUCCCAUCCUAAAUCUUAAUAUUAAAUACAUUUUUAUCUGCAAAAUAUUACCUAUAGCUGAUUGAUCCCUUGCAGACCUAGACAUGUCUAUACCUAUUGAUUUUAAGGUUGAAUGUGCCAAAAUUCAUUUUAGUGUUAACUCCAAGUACACUUGCUUUCAAUAGCUGCCAGAUUACUAUCUCAAAUACUUGAAGAGUCACAGUUCAAGAUAGAUAUAGUUCUUCAGAUAUGUGUAUGGAGAUUCUCAGGCAUCCAGGUCAUCUUUGUCCCAAAGGUGCUUUUUCAAAUGUGUUCUGAUGUGUAUGAAUUUAACCUUGAUUUGGAAGGAAUUUGUCCUUUUGCCAAAUUGCUUUAAGGAGUCCUUGGAGCUCUUUGAGCUUGGUUGUUUUCUAUCAAACUUUUCAUUACCCAAAUUAUUGUGUAAUGACUGCAACAGUCACUACAUAGGACAAGCAAGUAGAAGACAGAUAAAAUGCAUCCAUGAACACCAACUAGCAGUCAGAAAAUUCCUUAAUUGCACAACAUAUAGUCAGACUUAACUGGGAAACUGUAACUAUCCUAGACCAAGCCAAGUUCAAAAACACUAGGGAAUUUCUAGAAUUCUGGCACUCUGACAAAUUAGCCAUCAAUAGACACAGACAUAAACAAUAUCUACAUACUAUGCAAAAGAGACAACAAGCCAAAAAGGGAACAAAAAGACAGAAACACCUCCCCACCAGUAAUUAGCACCCAGAUGAAUAUAGAUUAACUCCAAAAUUAAUAUUAGAACAAUCAAGAAGUAAACAAUACCCCAAUCAAGGAAUUCUCAAACAAGCUAACGGUAAGCAGUCCAACCAAGUAACCUGUAAAAUCACUCCCACCAACACUGACAGGG